AUGAAUGCACCAAAACAAACUACGUUAUUUACCAGCUGGGGCCCUCGUGAAAAUCAUGGUACACAUGAGUGCGAUGUUGAAUUUGAAGACGACGACAUCGACGAUGAGGAGCUCUUUGCAGCUGCAAUGGCGCUUGACAACAAUCAGUUUGACGAAGGAACACGGCUAACAACUUUAGAUCCUAACCUUCUAACGCCAUCUCGUAAAGGAAACGACGUACACGAUGAGAUUUUGCCAGGUUUUGACAUAUCCGCUGGAAAUUUAUGGAUCUAUCCCACGAACUACCCAGUUAGGGACUACCAGUUCAAUAUCGUACAACAAUCCCUUUUCAAAAAUACCAUGGUAACUUUGCCUACUGGGCUAGGAAAAACUUUCAUUGCUGCUGUUGUAAUGUACAACUUUUAUCGGUGGUACCCACAGGGUAAAAUUGCCUUCAUGGCCCCAACUAAACCAUUAGUUGCACAGCAGAUUGAAGCAUGUUACAAUAUUAUGGGUAUUCCACGAGAACAUACUGCUGAAAUGACAGGAAGUAUGGUCCCAUCAGAGAGGUUGAAAGCUUGGAAGAAUAAAAGAGUAUUUUUUUUAACACCACAAGUUUUGAUGAAUGACUUAAAUCGUGGUGCUGCUGUAGCUGAUCAAUUGAAAUGUUUAGUCAUUGAUGAAGCCCACAAAGCUCUUGGAAACCAUGCAUAUUGCCAGGUUGUCAGAGAACUGUCCAAAUAUACUCGGCAGUUUAGAAUUUUAGCAUUAAGUGCUACCCCAGGUUGUGACAUUAAGGGUGUUCAACAAGUUCUGAAUACUUUACUGAUAUCUCAUGUAGAAAUCAGAACUGAAGAUUCCAUUGAUAUACAACCAUAUGUUCAUCAACGCAAAGUUGAUAAAAUUGUUGUGAAACUUGAUGAUACAAUGAUGUGCAUUAAAAGCCAAUAUCUAGAGAUUAUUGCUGUCUAUGUGAAUAGGCUGACCAAAAACCAUGUACUUUACAAUAGAAGCAUCACCAGUCACUCCAAGUUUAUGAUACUGAAAGCGAGAGAAGAAUUUCGUUGCAAUCCACCUCCAAAUAUAAAGAGUAAAAUACAGCAAGGAUCCAUAGAAGGUGACUUUGCAAUGUGCAUUAGUCUAUACCAUGGGUAUGAUUUACUGUUACAACACGGUAUGAAAUCACUGUAUUCAUUCUUACAAUCCUUGAUUGAUGGAUCCAAAGGAACAUCCAGGGCACGUUCAGAACUUGGUAGAAAUCAGAACUUUAAUAGUUUGCUUGAGUCUUUACAUGAACAAUGUGGAUCUACUGAACUAAACCAGUGUGUUAUAAGUCACCCCAAGAUGAAAAAACUACAAGAUAUCGUUGUGGAACAUUUUAAUCAAUUUGAGCAAGAUAAACAUACCCAUGGGAGUGGGACAAGAAUUAUGAUAUUUUCUCAGUAUCGUGACAGUGUACAAGACAUAACCAGUAUGUUAGAUAAACAUAAACCAAUGGUUCGUGUUAUGAGUUUUAUUGGCCAGGCUUCAGCCGGUAAAAGUACAAAAGGUUUUACUCAAAAAGAACAACUCAGAGUUGUUAAGGCAUUUCGAGAAGGUGGAUACAAUACACUGGUAUCCACAUGUGUUGGGGAGGAAGGUCUUGACAUUGGGGACGUGGAUCUUAUUAUCUGUUAUGAUGCACAUAAAAGUCCAAUUCGAUUGGUCCAAAGAAUGGGACGUACUGGUAGAAAGAGGCAAGGUAGAAUUGUUAUGCUGGUAACUGAAGGCAAGGAGGAAUCUAUUUACAAUCAGAGCCAGUACAAUCGGAAGAGCAUACAUCGUUUGAUGAAUGGAACUAAGUCACUACAGCUCUACUCACAAAAUGCCAGAAUGGUACCGAGAGGCAUUCACCCAGUUGUUCAUAAAAUGCAUAUUACUGUGGAUAAAUGGCAACCCAAAACAUUGUCUAAACGGAAGCAAUCAUCCACUAGAAAUACAGCUAAUAUAACUUCAUUCUUGUCUAAAGGUAAAACUAAAAUUAAAGAUCGUUGGGCAUUGACUGAUCAAGAAUUAGAGUAUUGGACUACACAUUAUAAGUGUUCUUCACAAGUUCCGCACAUUCCAACUGGCGGACGUUUCAUGAGUUUAUCACAGAAAUCUGAGCCUCUCGUAUCUAAG